GCUUAAACAAUCAAUACAUCAAAAUGAAAGUGCUCAUUGUUGUCUCAGCUUUAAUCGCUGUAGCUUGUGCUGCUGCUUACCCACAAUUGCUUCAACACAAUUCGCCAUUCAAACCUCUGGUUCAUGGUGCAGUCCAUCCCGCAGUGCAUCCAGUAUUGCAUCCCGUAGCACAUGCAGCAGUGCAUCCAGUAGUCCAACCUCAACAACACGUAGCUAGAUCUGGUUCCUAUGACCAUUCCAAAGAUGCCAAGGUUUUACGUUACGAUAGUGAAAGCAGUGUAGGAAACGAGGGAUAUAGAUUUGCUGUUGAAACCAGCGAUGGACAACAAAGAGAAGAACAAGCUGUCGUCGAAAAUGCCGGAACUAAGGAGGAAUCCCUCUCUGUAGUAGGAAGAUACUUCUACCCAGGACCCAACGGCGAAACUUUCGAAGUUAACUACGUUGCCGACAAAGAUGGCUUCAGAGCUACUGGACCACAUCUACCACAACCCGUCCAACCCGUUCAUUAA